AGUUCUGCGUAAUGUUGACUAUGGCUGUGCUAUGUGCCACUAAAUAGUCUCAUCUAGCCAUUGAACUGUGUCUUUCCGCCCCUUUAAACUCAGUCCAUGAUGCCUUCAUCACGUCUCUCCUACAUUUCCGUUACUACAUGUUUUAUUUUGGUGGUCAAUACCGGAUUCUGACACUGUGUUGUAUAGUUUUGACACUACUCGUUUGCAUGUAGCGACUGACAAAAACUUUGACACAACAAAGAAAUGGAAGACGAUGAAGAAGAGAAGAUCUGCAGUAUAUCGGGCUUGGUUCCACUGGGUAGUGAGAUCAAGGCCAAGAUGAUGCAGCUGAUGGAGGAAAGGACAGAGGCCAACAUGUGGACGGCUGUGCUGAUUGGAGCUGCAACACUGGUUUCGGUCCUUGGAAUUGUUGUGUUCCUUCUUUAUAGAAGAUACAAACGUACAAAGGAGGAGGCCGGCGUCCCACACUACCGCUUUAGGAAGAGGGACAAGGUGAUGUUCUACGGCCGAAAGAUCAUGAGAAAGGUGCAGACGUUGUCCUCAGCCCCUCCCUCUACUUCUAACCCCGCCUCCCGUCAGAGAGUGAGGAAAAGGACCAAAGUCCUAUCGAUCGCUCGCAAGAUCCUACGCAUUCGGAAGGAGCCCCCCACCUUGCAGCCCAAGGAGCCUCCCCCCUGUCUGCUGGAGGCCGACCUGACGGAGUUCGAUGUGAAGAACUCUCAUCUACCAUCAGAGGUGUUGUACAUGCUGAAGAAUGUCAGGGUAGCUCGGCCACAUUUGAGAAGCCUCUUUUCCUGGAGCUGUGUCGCCACAUGGUGCUGAUCCCGCUGCACCAGGGAGAGGUCCUCUUCCAACCCGGGGACACCGACGACAGUAUCUACGUGGUUCAGGAUGGCCGCCUGGAGCUGUGCAUCCGCGAGAGUGAUGGAACCGACGCUGUGGUCAAGGACGUUCUCCCAGGAGACAGUGUUCACAGUUUGCUCAGUAUCCUGGACGUCAUCACGGGAUACCCGGCACCUUACAAAACGGUGUCUGCCAGAGCUGCAGUUCCCUCCACCAUCCUGCGUCUGCCAGCUGCAGCCUUCCAGUCCGUCUUCCAGAAGUAUCCUGAAACUGUGGUCCGCGUCAUCCAGAUAAUCAUGGUGCGUCUCCAGAGAGUGACCUUCCUGGCCUUACACAACUACCUUGGCUUGACCACUGAGCUCUUCAACCCGGAGAGCCAGGCCGUCUCCUUGGUGUCGCUGGCCCAUGUUCUGGGGGAGGCUCAUCCACAAAGGGUCCUCCGCAGGCAGCCGUCCCACUCUGAUGAGCUCGCCUCUGAAAAAGGGGGCGCGGAAAAGUCCAGCUCGUCUGCCUUCAAGAAAUCUCGCUCCGCGUCCACCCCGCUGGCUGUCACAGCUGAAAUGUCAGCCGACCUCAAGGAAGUAUAUGAACAGACUCGAGUUUCCAAAGAAGACACUCUGCCUCACGCUGUGAAGUCUAUCCUGAAGAAGACGGUGACGAUGCAGCCCGCUCCGUCGGCCGUGUACCACUACAGCGAUGCAGGAGGAGGCAACGCGCAGAAUAAAGUUAACGCCAUUUUCCAAGCCGCCAAAAAGGAUCUGCUGAAGGUCAUCCAAAUACAGCCCGGUCUGCUGGAGGGGAGAGUGAACCUUCGGCAGGUCAAAGCCGGCUCUGUUGUGGCCCACCAGGGAGACCAGGAUGCCAGUGUGGAGUUCAUCAUCUCUGGGUCGCUCCAUGUUUAUCAGCGCAUGAUAGACCGCGAGGAGGACACCUUGCUCUUUGUGGCCCACCCGGGGGAGAUGGUGGGUCACCUGGCUGUGCUCACGGGGGAGCCCCUCAUCUUCACCGUGAGAGCUCACAGAGACUGCAGCUUCCUCUCCAUAUCCAAGGCCCACUUCUACGAGAUGAUGCGGGAGGAGCCCAGUGUGGUGCUGAACGUAGCGCACACCGUGGUGAAGAGAGUGUCACCAUUUGUCAGGCAGAUUGACUUCGCCCUGGACUGGAUGGCCGUGGAGGCCGGCCGUGCCGUCUACAGACAGGGGGACAAGUCAGACAGCACCUUCAUUGUCCUCAGUGGCCGGCUGCGCUCCGUCAUUGCAAAGGACGACGGGAAGAAGGAGCUGGCUGGAGAGUACGGCCGUGGGGAUCUGAUUGGCGUGGUUGAGGCCCUGACCCACAUGAACCGAGCCACCACGGUCCACGCCGUCAGGGACUCUGAGCUCGCCAAGUUACCUGAAGGGGCUCUGAACUCCAUCAAGAGGAGGUAUCCUCAGGUCGUCACCAGGCUCAUUCAUCUGCUGGGACAGAAGAUCCUGGGCAACAUGCAGCAGGGCAGUGGACCCCUGGCCGCUCGAAGUCUUGCCCUCCACACCCCCACCAGCAAGUGGGAUGCCGGGAACCCGGCGUCUAACCUGUCCACCGUGUCUCUCCUGCCGGGGUCUGAGGACGUCCCCCUCACUGCCUUCGCUCUGGAGCUGCAGCACGCGCUUGGUGGAAUAGGUCCCACUCUUCUCCUGACCAGUGACAUCAUCAAACAGCGCCUCGGCUCUGCUGCUCUGGACAGUGUCCACGAGUACCGUCUGUCCAGUUGGCUCGGGCAGCAGGAAGACAUCCAUCGCAUUGUCCUCUACCAGUCGGACGCCGGGCUCACGCCGUGGACCCAGCGAUGCAUCCGCCAGGCGGACUGCAUCAUCAUCGUGGGGCUGGGUGAGCAGGAGCCCACUGUGGGUGAGUUGGAGCAAAUGCUGGAGGGCAGUGCGGUGCGCGCUCAGAAGCAGCUGGUGCUGCUGCACCGGGAGGACGGACCUCCGCCCAAAGGGACGGCCCAGUGGCUGAACAUGCGGAGGUGGAUCUCCAGUCACCACCACCUGUCCUGCCCCCGCAGAGUGUUCUCCCAAAGGAGCUUACCCAAGCUGAGGGAGUUGUACCAGCGCGUGUUUGAGAAGUGUCCUGAUCGCCACUCUGACUUCUCGCGGCUGGCCAGGAUUCUGACAGGAAACGGCAUUGCCCUCGUGCUGGGUGGAGGGGGCGCCAGGGGCUGCUCUCAGGUCGGCAUACUGCGGGCUCUGAACGAGGCGGGGAUCCCAGUCGACAUGGUGGGGGGAACCUCCAUCGGCUCCUUAAUGGGAGCGCUGUAUGCUGAGGAGAAGAACAACAGUCGCAUGAGGGUCCGCGCUCGAGAGUGGGCCAUGGAUAUGACGUCUUACUUUAAGAAGAUCUUGGAUCUGACCUACCCGGUCACUUCCAUGUUCUCUGGGGCUUCCUUUAACUCCGGCCUUCGCUCGGUCUUCAAGGGCAAGCAGAUAGAGGACCUGUGGCUGCCCUACUUCAACAUCACAACAGAUAUCACAGCUUCCUCCAUGAGGGUUCACACUGACGGGUCGCUGUGGCGUUACGUCCGAGCCAGCAUGUCCCUGUCUGGCUACCUGCCUCCUCUUUGUGACCCCAAAGACGGACAUCUCCUCAUGGACGGAGGGUACAUCAACAACCUGCCCGCUGAUGUCGCGCGUUCUAUGGGGGCCAAGGUUGUGAUUGCAAUCGAUGUAGGAAGUCGGGAUGAAACCGACCUUACCAACUACGGGGACUCCCUGAACGGCUGGUGGCUGCUGUGGAAACGCUUCAACCCUCUGGCGGAGAAAGUCAAGGUCCUGAACAUGGCCGAGAUCCAGACCCGGCUGGCUUACGUGUGCUGCGUGCAGCAGCUGGAGCUGGUAAAGGACAGUGAAUACUGCGAGUACAUCCGGCCACCCAUCGACCACUACGGCACGCUGGAGUUCGGCAAGUUCGACGAGAUCGCUGAGGUCGGAUACCAGCACGGAAAGACCGUGUUUGACGUGUGGCAGCGCAGCGGCGUGGUGGACAGCAUGCUCAAGGACAGACAUCAGGAGGAAUUCCACAAGACCAAAACUGGCCAUGUUGUUACUUGUCCAAACGCCUCGUUCACAGACCUGGCAGAGAUCGUGUCGAGAAUCGAACCUGUGAAGAAUGCUGUAAUCGACGAAGAAGCGUCUGAUGAGUACCAGACGGACUAUGACGAGGAGGCUGUGGAAAGCGCUCUGUCUGACUUCGAGGCGUUCGCCGCCGGCAGUGAACACACGGAAGGAGAGGAGACCGCCGACACUGCUGAAACCGACGAGGAUAUUCAGAGCCGAGUUCGACGCCGGCCGAAGAAUGCCCCGCAAAGUGUGCGGCCAUGACACCCAUCGGAGCCGGGACGGCCACAGCAAAGCACGUCUCCCUUCAGUAUUUCUGGACUCAUGGGCGCUGGUGUGACCUGAGGGAAGAGCCGCCAUGUCUCUGGUACCUUCUAGACCCCAGGGGUUCAAACCGUUAGGGGCUUACAUGUAAAAUAGGUAAAACUUUCAUUUGUAAUUCCAUGGACUUUUCUUCAUUUUAGCUGUCUCCCAGUUUAAUACUAUGUUUCAUAAUUCAAGCAGGGUUUCAGUCUGUAUGUGAGCAGCAAAAUGGGAUUUUUACAAAUAAAGCUCUUUGUGCUGACCUUUGCUAGAAAGUUAAUCUGCCUUGAUGUUUUUCACAUGUCUUUUUAUACCAGGUGUUGUUACUAAACUUGGAUAAAAGUUAGUUAUUAAUUAGUUCCCUAUCAUCAGGGACUGAGUAAUGAAGAAGAACCUACCGAUCAAUAAAGAUACCGCCUCCAGUAUUACUGUAAAUAGUCCUAGAAACAGAAACCUUUUCACGUCGAGCUUCGGGAUAGAAUGAGAUUCAUAGAGCUGCUGUUAAAAUGAUCAUGAUUUAUCCCCAUAAAUGACACUGAUACUGUUAUUUGUUGCAACAUUACACUUUUAUCACCAUGGUUACAGAGUAUUGACUGAUCCUGAGUUUUUAUGACCAGGUGGCAUAAAAAAGAAAGGGUUAAGAAUAUUGCGUCUUGGAUCAUGAUAAAUACACAAUGUUUGUUUGUUUAAAGAUUUUGUGUUGAAUCUUUGAAAAGCUGAAUUCCUUUUUUUUCAGUUUUUUUGUUCAUUAUUUGCACUGGAUUGUUAGUAUUGUAUCCAGUGAAAUAAUAGAAAAACAAUAAAUGACUCUCCAUCCAUUUUCAAAGCUGCUUAUCUGUGAAACCUAAAAUGAUGAUAAUACUGUUGUAAAAUGAUUCAAUAAAUAAAUAAUGACACCAAAUGUUA